AUGAAUACGAUUCGAUCUACCUGGAUGGGCUGGGGCACCCUUUGCCUUGCCGGCGGCGGAGCCUACUAUUUCGCGAAGCAAUCAAUCAACGCCGACCGACAAUCCCGAUUCGAAGCCGAAGUCAAGCGCAAGGCGCAAAUGAAAAAAAUGGAGAACGAGCACAAGCGCCAAGCGCAAUUGGCGUCCCCACCAACCGCGGGCAAUGACACUAGCUCGAAACGAGCAAGCAUGGCACGGUUCCAGAACGCCUCCGAUGAUGCUGCCUCGCCUAGUGCCGAAGCCUCGCACGACCCGGCGCCUACCCGGCAUGAACCCUUGACCGAGACCGACCGUGUGUUGGAAAAGGGGAAGUACGAAACGGCACAGCCGUACCGGCCUCCGAGUGGGAACCGGUUUAGUUGA